UAAUAAUAAUAAACCUCAACGUCCUCUUAUUGAGAUACUUAAUGGCCUCGGGAUUUUGCUUUACCACACCUAUUAUUGAACAUAGAGUGCUUAACAACUAGAUUAGAAGCUUAAUAUGCGCAGCUUCUUCUCUGAACAAAGAUUUUAAAGCCUGUUCUUAGCCAUAACAGAACAAUGUUUUAGUUGUGCGAGAGAUCAUACUGUGUAGGGUUUUGCUUCGGCUGGUGAGGAUGAUUUAUGAUACCGUGCUUGCUAGAAGCUUCAGCAAGCAUGAGCAAAAGAGGUUGGGAUACUGGGCAUUGAUUGCUUGCUUGUUCAUUGUGUUGAGUUUCUUCACCAUCUUUAAACCUUACUUGGGCCCUCUACAAGUUUUGAAUUUAAGGUUAUCAAUGGGAGAAGACGAGAAACUUCAUCUUUAUAAUGAUACAACCAGCUCCUGGCUGAUAGCCAAAGAAGAAACUAUAGACAGUACUUUGAUUGUCAAUGAUAAAAGAAGCUCCCAAGAAGAAGCAGAAAUUAUGAGUGGGGCAUUAGUUGUCAAUGAUACAGAUAGAACUCAUGAAGAAGCAGAAAGUAGUGUUGCAGAAAGUAUAAUGAAUAUUUCUUCAAUUGUCAAUGGUACGAGCAACUCUCAAGAGGUAUUUAGGGAAAGUGUUACACAGAAUGUGAAGACCAAUGAUACAAUUAGUAGCUCUCCACAAAAAGUCAAAGAAAUUACAAGCAAGGAUGAUUUCAUGGUCAACAAUACAAACAUCUCUCUUCCAAAAGCAACAGAUGCAGAUGCUGUAACAAAGAACAACAAAAUGGAGCCCCUAUGCACUAUCAUGGGUAGAUCAGAUUUCUGCGAGAUAAAAGGGGACAUCAGGAUUGAUGGAAGUUCCUACACUGUCUUUAUUGUUUCAUCUGAGACUGAUAUCCUGGCAGCAGAGAAUACUUCAUGGAGGAUUAGACCUUAUGCGCGAAAAGGUGACCAGACGGCAAUGGGCGCGGUUAGGGAAUGGACACUAAAACUUGUGGCUGGUGGUUCAGAUAUCCCUCAAUGCACUCAGAAUCAUAGUGUUCCGGGGAUCCUUUUUUCGGCUGGUGGAUAUGCGGGAAACCAUUUUCAUGCCUUCACUGACAUAAUUGUUCCCCUAUUCUCGACUGCUCGACCCUAUAAUGGAGAAGUACAGUUUCUUAUCACUAACGGUUGGUCUGCUUGGAUCGCAAAGUUCAAAACAAUACUGAAAGCACUGUCUAGAUAUGAGCUCAUCAAUAUUGAUAAUAGAAAAGAUAUACAUUGCUUUGGUAGCAUGACAGUCGGCCUUAAACGUCCAUCCUACAAAGAGCUCAGUAUUGAUCCUUCAAAGUCCCCAUACUCAAUCAAAGACUUCAGGCAGUUCCUGAGAAGUUCCUAUUCUUUAAAGAAAACAAGGGCAAUUAAAAUCAGGAAUGGGGCGAAGAAAAGGCCGAGGCUUCUAAUCAUUUCAAGAAAAAGAUCACGAGCAUUUACAAAUGUUGGUGAAAUUGUUAACAUGGCUGAGAGAUUGGGUUUCAGAGUAGUUGUUGCAGAACCUGGCAUGGAUGUAUCAGGAUUUUCUCAGAUCAUUAAUUCCUGUGAUGUGGUGAUGGGAGUUCAUGGUGCUGGGCUAACCAACGUUGUUUUCCUUCCUGAAAAGGCUGUCUUAAUCCAAGUAAUUCCCUUUGGAGGAGCAGAAUGGCUUUCAAGAACUUUCUUUGAAGAGCCUGCAAAGGACAUGAACAUAAGGUACUUGGACUAUAAAAUCAGGGUAGAAGAGAGCACUUUGAUACAGCAAUACCCAGCUGACCAUGCAGUUUUGAGGGAUCCCUCUGUAAUUGGGAAACAGGGUUGGCUUGCAUUUCAGUUAAUAUAUUUACAGAAGCAAAAUGUAACGAUAGAUGUGAAUAGGUUUAGACCCACUUUGGUAAAAGCCUUGGAGCUUUUGCAUCAGUGAAUACACUACGAUUUUUCUCAUGAUA